AUGGAAUUUUCAGCGUUACUAACAUUGGCAGUCUGGACUGCAUCGAUAACUUACUUGACGUCUGGUAAAGAGCGAGAGCGUGCAAUGGUGUUUCCGGACUACUACUUCUUUGCUGAAAGACGACUGGUAAACCAUAUAAUCGAAACAAGAAAAGUCAAGAACUUUGAUGAUUGCGAGCUUUUGUGCUACCUGAACGACAAUUGUGUCAGUCUUAACUUCAAAAAAGAUCCUGACAAUAAUAAAACAGUCAACAUCUGUGAACUAAAUAACGCCACGCAUCUGAAAUAUGACAGUGACUUGAAAACUGAGGCCAAUUUUUAUUAUCGUGGCUCGAAGAACGCUUGUGACAAGAGUUUCCAGUGCCAAAAUAACGCGACUUGCCAGUCUGGAUUUACACUCAAGGGAUAUCGGUGCUUGUGUCCUCCUGGAUUUAAGGGAGAAUUUUGUGAAACGGACUUUGACGAAUGUAAAGGAAACCACGCUUGUCACGAAAGUGCAAACUGCACCAACACCAUUGGAUCACACGUAUGCGAUUGUCAGCCUGGAUAUACUGGAAACGGACAAAAUUGCACAGAUAUUGACGAAUGUAAAGGAAAUCACUCUUGUCACGUGAAUGCUACCUGCACGAACACCAACGGAUCCUAUCUUUGUGAAUGCCACCCUGGAUUUAAUGGAAAUGGUCAAAGCUCCUACCCAUGUUAUAAUUAUCAAAACCUGAGUGACACCAAUAGAAAGAGCAGUUACAUUACACCGUCAGGUGGACCACUUUUGUGUGACUACUCACUCCCCGAGGGAUGGUAUCGUUUUGUGGGAGCUGCAGGAACAAAAAUGCCCACAACACGUGUGCCAGCAUUCAGAUGUGCCGACCCAUGUCAUAAUUAUCAAAACCUGAGUGAUGCCAAGAGAAAGAGCAGUUACGUAACACCGAUAAACAACCCAACCUUAUGUGACGACUUACUCUCCACGGGAUGGUAUCGUUUUGUGGGAGCUGCAGGAACAAAAAUGCCCACAACACGUGUGCCAGCAUACAGAUGUGGUACAGACUGGUCAGGCUGGUUGGAUGAUGUUCAUCCUACAGUGGAAGAUGCCUUUGUCAUUGAAGAGAGAAUUGCCCGAAGGAUCUUUAAAGUAAUCUUCAACUAA